AUGCCAUUGGCUAAUGAUAUAAAUUAGGUCACUUCUAAUUUACUUUUCAAAAUCUUCCGGUCAGAUUUGCCUUUAAAUAAAGAGUUCCCCUAAAGUCAAUUUUACAGGGGAACAUCAGAUGUAGCUCUAAUGGUUCCUGAAGAAGUAAUGGAACAUAACUUUACAACUAUGUCAUUUAUUGGAUCGCAUUAAGGUCACAUAUUAAUAUUUAUUAUCGUUUUUUUAACAAUGAAUUAAUUCUUACUUUCCUUAUUGAUUGUCACUACUCUAUGUGGCUAAUAGUAAGGUAGUUUCCUAUAAGAGAAACAAGAUAACCAAAUAUUCACCAUAAAAUUAAAGGAGACUUAAAAAAUUGUAAGUUAUCCAAUUCGAAUCAUAGGUGACAGCUAAAGAAAUGUAUGAUUUUCUAUCAACUAAACAAACUUAUUUUCGCUAACAUACUCCUAUUGACAUAUAGGAAAUAGAAUUUGGAGGAUAUGUUCCUAAACUACAAUAAAAUGAUGAAAGGAGGAAGACUUCUCUGAAAUUACACAAUUUCAGAAAUACUUAAUUCACUGGGCCUAUAACAGUAGGAGAUUAGGAAUUCUAAGUGAUCUUUGACACCGGUUCUGCAAACUUUUGGAUCGACUCUGCUAAAUGUAAGAAUGAAGGAUGCAGAUAGCAUACCCAAUAUCAACCAAGUUUUAGAUCGAAGCAUUUGGGAUAUGCUCUGAAUGUUGAAUUUGGUACUGGAGAUUUGAAUGGGGAAAUUAAUUCAGAUUUUGUUCGCUUAGGAGAAAUAGAGGUUGAAGACUAAAAUAUCGCUGAAAUAAUUGAAGAAAAUGGUUCAGUUUUUUAAAAUGUAUAAAAGUUAUAUAAAUGUAAAGUCAGGUUUUGAUGGCAUAGUAGGUUUGGGCUAUCCCAGUAUGGCAGCCUAUAACUUUAACCCAUUGUUUGACAACAUAAUGCAAGAGAAGAAAUUGAAAUCUAACCAAUUCUCAUUUUAUAUGAGUAAUUAAGUCAAUAGCUACGAAUCCUAGAUUACUUUUGGUGGCUAUGAUGCUACAAAAAUUGAUGGGGAAGUUCAUUAUCAUCCAGUCAUUGAUAAAUACUAUUGGAUGAUAUAGGCUGACAACAUAUUGGUUAACGGCAAAGAUGAGGGAUUCUGUCCUAAAGGUUGUAAAGUGGUAGCUGACACUGGCACUUCAUUAAUCACAGGUCCUUUUGAAGAUUUGAUCAAGCUCUUGGGUAAUUUGAAGGUUAUAUAUUUAGAGUUAACGAAUAUUAAUGACGAUUGUUCAAAUUUGAAUGAGUUACCUAAAUUGACAUUUAGAAUUGGCGGAGUUGAUUAUGACUUAGAUUCUAAAGAUUAUAUUAUGGAAUUGAGAGAUGAUGGUACAGAAAUACCUCUAAAUAAUGAUGUUUCAGCUUCAGCGUUUAUUCAAGGAACUUCUAGUAGAUGCAUAGGAGCAUUCAUGCCUUUGGAUAUACCAGAUCCACAAGGACCUGCAUGGAUAUUGGGAGACAUUUUUUUGACCAAAUACUUAAGUAUUUAUGAUAGAGAUACAAAUAUGGUUGGAUUUGGAAAGGCCAAACAUUGA